UCUGAAAAAGUUUCUGCUUAUGAAAACAUGCCCCCCAAGUCUCCGCUUUCUUAUGGCGAAAGCCGGAGCUCUCUAGCUGGCUUCUAUCAAAAGUUAUUAAAAAAACAACGGAGUCCAUUCUAUUUUGGUACAGAUAGUAGGCUGUUUGCUAUUAACACUUACCGAAGUGUUAACAAGAUGCUAUUGACACGUUCGGAAGUGUCAUUAAGAAGCUAAUGCCACUUUUUGAAAGUGUCAACUAGAAGCUACUUCCGGACGAAGGAAGUAAGUCGCAGUUUGAACCCAUCAAGAAGACAUGAAUAUGCGGACGGGACAGUCCUGUCCGCAUAUUCGUGUCUACUUCAUAGGUUCAAACUGCGAUUUACUUCCUUCAUUCAGAAUGAGAUAAACCGGAGAGAAAAAUAUUAAAGUUUUUCGCAUGGGACAGAAAAAUAUUUAAUUAUUUUAAAAUAAAGGAAAAAUAUUUAAAUAAAACAAAAUAUUGAACGGACUAAUAUUUAAAUAAGGCGGAAAAAUAUUUAGUUGAUUUUUAGUAUUAGUCGUUUAAUAUUUUUUCCUUUUUAACAUUAGUCUAUAGACCCGUGGAAUAUACGUCAACUUUUUAUUUCUGCUCAAAAAGUAUGUUCUGAUCUGAAAACUAUCCCUUUUUAUGUUGAACUCGCUAUGUUAAUGUACAGUUUAUUUUCUCUUUGAUAAGGUUUCAAUUUGAAGAAAAACACAAGACAAUCACCCUGUUUUUAUUAUUUUCGCCUAAAAAAACAAUCACCACAACCCACUUGGAUAGCAUUUACUAAUAAAAACGGACGUAUUUACGGUUUUCCGUCAAAUACAAGUGAUAAAUUUGGUUAUCUAAUGGUAUCUUCAUCUGAUGAAUCAUUUGGAAAUGUUCAAAAAUGGAUUAGUGAGCACGCUGCGGCAUUCCUGAAUUCGAAUGAUUUUCGUAAGUCUUCCAUAACAUGUUUAUCACCAACAACAACAUAUGAAUAUAUAAUUGAUAAUCUGCCAAGCAAUGUACCGUAUAGUCAAAAAUCGUUUAUAUAUAUUGGUGGUUCAGGCAUCGAUGCUGGCCCUCUACCUGUAUUUAGUAAAAUAUUAACAGAUCGUGUUACACAAACAUCAUCUGUUUAUUCGAAAUAUUCGACACAAUUUGCUUUAAAUUCAAAUCAGUUCACUGUAGAAAAGAAUUUAACAUGUCCUGCUAGACACUUUCAAUGUCAACAGUGUCAAGUUGAAUAA